AUGGCUUCCGCAACUUCCUCUCCUUCAUCUCCCAUCCCAAAUAUUUCUACACUAGUUUCUGUCAAACUUUCUGAGUCUAAUUACUUACCUUGGGAAAGUCAAGUUAAGCCAUUCUUGAUUGGCCAAAACUUUUGGCGUUUUGUAGAUGGAACACACCCGUGCCCUCCUUCCUUUCUCACCACCACCACUCAUGCCCCUUCACCAAAUGCCUCUGCGGAUUCAGACUCCUCCACAGUGGUGCCUCCUGUGACUACUAGCAUUCCCAACCCCGACUACCUGGUGUGGUACCAGACUGAUCAAACACUUGUCAGCAUGUUGCGUGCUACGCUUACAGAGCCUGUUCUUUCUUUAACCGUCGGGUUGUCUACUUCUCAUCAAUUGGCUUCUAUUGGCCAACCUGUUCAGAAUGAUGAUUUGGUGACUUAUGUACUAAAUGGCUUGGGGCCUGAAUAUGAGAUUCUUGUCUUUGGCGUUGACCAACUUCCCCUCCUCUACCGUCAUUCAACGAUUUACGUGCUCGUCUUCUGGGACGUGGUAAUUUGUCCUCCCGCCCUCAUGGCACUUCAAGUAGCAAUCGGCUUCCUCGUACUUAUGGUGGUGGUCGUUCUCUCUAUGCAUGGUUGUGCUGGUCGCUAUGGUCAGCGUGCUACACAUCAACGCCCUGGCAUACUUGGACCCGGUCCUGCUACUCGUGGCCCUCAAUGUUGGUCAUGCAAUCAAUUUGGUCAUAUAGCUGCGUUGUGUCCUCGAGCGCCUCGUUCUGAUGAUGACAUCUCUCGAGCUUUCGCUGGGCAUGCACAUUGCUUCCCCUUCUGA